AUGUCCCACCGACGGAACAUUGAACUGGCUUAUCCGCACUAUGCCCUUAUUUACAUCGACGCCGAUGGGAAUCUUCGGCACCAAUCGUCCCAAUCAAUUGCAGAUAGCUAUCAAACGAUAGUGUCUCCUAGUGUCACAGAUGCUUUCCUGAGAGCAGUGGCACGGUCAAGGGAAACCCAUCUGUCCCAGUACCAUGUCCAACCUAGUGCACCGAUGACACCAAGCCCAGUAACAUCCGCACACAGCCAUUUGCCCUCCCAGAUCAUCCCAAGACCUCGGAGUGAGAUGAGCCUGGGGAGAGAAGGGCCGAUACAUGCUCCCGUUUCACUAGGGACCCCAUUCCAGCUGACGAUGCGACCAAUGCCCCAAGAAGCAACAGGGGCCUGGCAUCGGGACAGUUCACAUUCCAAGAAGAAAAAGGUAUGGAACGAGGACCUCGACACAGCCGCCCACCAACGAGUCAGACUAUCCCUCGGAGACGAAGAGCUGCUGCGUCUUUACUACGAAAAGGCCUUUGAGAAUCUGCAGCAAACCAACUGCCGGGUCCUGGCUAAGGCCUAUGUCAAGCUCGUCGAGCCCCGCAAGCAGGUCAACUACCCUUACAACGGACGGAAGAUUGUUUCGGGCAGAACACGGCAGCUCGCGCCGGACGCGACGAAGCCUCCCUGGUGGCCGUCGGGGGUCAGCCACCGCGAACCUGAUCAUCUCCCCAAAGUUGAACGCAUUCGACUCCUCGUUCACAUUGUCCGCGAGUUACGCACCAGAUAUGGAGUCACCGUCAAACGAUUGAAAGAAGCCGACCAGCCAAUCCGCCGCCAAAUAUCACCACCAGAGCGCCUACAGAUCCUGGAUGAGGUAUAUCAAGUUCGUGAAGCAGAAGAAAAGAUACUCGAAGGAGCAACAGAGGGACAACAGGCAGUAUGGAUUUCUCGAGCAAAUCUCCCCGACAAAAUGACAGCCAUGACAAGCCCAGAAGAACGCAGCGGCAACAGCACGCCCACCGAGCCGGCUUCCGUUCGAAACACAGACCCUCAUUCUAGCGGAGAUGCCUCGGCCACUAAUACUUCGCAGACACUGUUCGCGCCAGUGAGGGAUGGGUCCGCGAGCUCGUCUCCGAACAAUACGCAGUCCAUUGCACCGAGUCUUGCAGAUUAUACCGAGCAGAACAUGCAUGACCUUGCAGGCAUUGAGUCGACCCAGGGCGUGUCGGUCACCCCGCCAGACCUGAAACGGAAACGCGAGUGUGCUGCCACAUACUCAAUGGACCCAAUAAACCAUAUUUCGCAUACACAUGAUCCUUCUUCUACUGCCAUUGGCAUCGAGCCAUAUGGGAUGGGGUUGUAUGGGGAUCCAAAUAUCUUCCCGUCGCCGGCGGUCACAGAGCCCAUGGGGGAAUAUGCAUUCCCUUACUACUUUGACUAUUGA